AUGCGCAACAAGCUUUACUUGGAUCUAAUUCUGGACUGCGACAAAUACUAUGGGAAACGUUAUACAAAUACAGUAGCCACAGGAGCAAAGAAGUCCGGAUCUAUUUCCAUGAAUACUGCUUGGACAACUGUGAUUAGCAAGUCAAGCAAUCGUGCAAUUAUUGCAGUUCCAAUUUCUGGUCAAUCUCAAGGACCUAAUGCAUCAUAUCAAGCUUUUAAAAUGGCAAUAAUAUAUUGUUUAUUAAGGGAUGAGGAUGAGCUAAUGAGCUUGCCCUCCCUCCGGUAUUGA